AGAGAGAGAGAGAGAGAGAGAGAGAGAGAGAGAGAGAGAGAGAGAGAGAGAUGGAGAAGUUAGCAGGUUUGAGCCACCUCUUUGUGACGGUGUUCCUCUCUAACUUCGCGGUGCUAAUGGUGAAUCCGGCAAUCACAGACGUCACCAUGGCGGCACUUUGCCCUGGUAAAGAUCAAUGCUCCCUCGCCAUUUACCUCUCCGGAUUGCAACAGGCGAUCAUAGGAAUGGGGACGCUGGUGAUGAUACCGCUAAUUGGAAAACUGUCUGAUGUGUAUGGAAGGAAAGCUUUACUAACACUCCCUAUGACUCUCUCCAUUCUUCCACUGGUUAUAUUGGCAUACAGCCGAUCGACAACCUAUUUCUAUGUCUACUAUGUGUUCAGGACUCUCACUGCCAUGACAAGCGAAGGCAGCGUUCAGUGCCUUGCUCUUGCUUAUGUGGCAGACAACAUUUCAGAGGGAAAGCGAGUCUCAGCAAUUGGAGUUCUAACUGGCGUAGGUACCGCUGCAAUCGUAUGUGGUACCUUAGCUACUCGUUUUCUCUCCACUGCCCAGACAUUUCAGGUUGCUGCAUUUGUAGCAAUGGCUGCAGUGGUGUACAUGAGACUUUUCCUCAAGGACACGAACCGAAUUAAUGAUGCUUUGGUGCAGCCAAUGUUGAAGAGUGGAUCAGAUGUUACCAAGUCAGAUGAAGAAUCAUCUAAGAAGAUACAGGUCUUCAAAAGAAUCUCAUCAAUGGGUGAGCUUAUUUGCUUGCUCAGCAGUAGUGGUACAUUUUCUCGAGCAGCAUUUGUUGCUUUCUUCAAUAGUCUUGCAGAGGGUGGACUUCAUGCUUCUUUACUGUAUUUCUUCAAGGCCCAGUUUCACUUCAACAAAGACCAAUUUGCUGAUCUAAUGCUGAUUGUCAACAUUGGAGGGACCUUUUCACAGCUGCUUCUCAUGCCUACAUUUGCUCCCAUCAUAGGAGAGGAGAAAUUGCUUUCCAUAGGGCUGUUUGCUGGAUUUUUGAACAUGCUACUUAACAGCAUAGCAUGGUCAGUCUGGGUUCCUUAUGCAGUAGCUGGGUUCUAUGUUUUCACAUCAGUUGCAACCCCAAGUCUACGAAGCAUUGUAUCGAAACAAGUUGGGCCCAUGGAACAGGGGAUGGCUCAAGGAUGUAUUUCAGGCGUGAGUUCCUUUGCGAAUAUCAUCAGCCCCUUAAUAUAUAGUCCUCUAGCAGCUCUAUUUUUAUCCGAUCGAGCUCCAUUUCAUUUCCCUGGUUUCAGUGUCAUGUGCAUAGGACUUGCUUGGAUGAUGGCCUUUAUUGCAAGUACAAUGAUCAAGGCUGCUCCCCAUAGUUCUAGAGGCAAAAUCAGCAUUAAGGACUACACGGUUGCCUAGUUGUGAGGAUUUAAAUAGUGUCAAAAAGAAGACAUAUCUGGCUGGCAGCCUAGGAGUAAUCUUAUUCGUUCAAAUACUCACAAAGAUACCUAGAAGAACACAAAGAACAAUGGCCAUCGGUACUGUUGCAAAGCUUAACUGCCCUUUUGUAUGAAAAUCAAUUUGACCCAAUAUUGGGGGGAAAAAACUUUCUUCAACUAGAAGAGUAUAUCACCUAUAAGUAUGGCAUACAAUUGUCUGGGUCAUAUCCAGGAGACAAACUUAGGUCUGCAUUCUCUUAGCUUUAUUGGGCAUGCAAAUGUCUUUUUUAGCAAUAAUAUUCUCUCCUGAUUUUGGGCAAUUGUAGAUGAUCCAAAGAUUUUUUUGAAUGGAUCAAAUUUAGCUAGUGUAACCUCUUUUUAAUUUAUUUUAGCUCAUACUAUUAUCGUCAUUGUAUUUCUCGUUUUUCUUGUUAUUUCGUUCAUUGUCAUCA